AUGAGACUUGUGAUCCUGGAGGACUAUGACCUGGCCAGUGAAUGGGCAGCCAAAUACAUCCGCAACAGAAUCAUCCAGUUCAAGCCCAGUGCUGACAGAUACUUCACCUUGGGAUUACCCACAGGUAAACUUUGGUUGAUUUGCAGAUAGAAUAAGUGUAUCUGGUAAUUACUGUAACUUGCCAGGGACUAAAUGUUAGUUUACAUGUAGGUAUGUAAGUAUCAUCCAUGUCCCUCUCUUUUAGGAAGCACUCCUUUUGGCUGUUACAAAAAGUUGAUAGAGUUUCACAAGAAUGAGGAACUCUCUUUCAAAUAUGUGAAGACCUUCAACAUGGAUGAGUAUGUGGGUGAGUUUGAGCCUACAGGUACAAAUUACGCUCCUAACCACAGACGGGAUCAGAAUUUCUUAGCCCAAGCCAAACCCUUAGUAACAGCAAAGGGUAAAAAUCAAACUGACCCUGUAUGAUUUUUGGGGUGUAAUAAAGUAGGGACGUAGAAUCAGUGGUGUAGCCUUGCAGGAAGAAAGAAUCUGCCCGCUCAGCUCAUUUAUAACCUUAGGAAGUGGGAGGUGACGUUGGCUGCUACUGGGAGUUUAGCUGACAUGGCUGGAUUUCAGUAGCAGAGUGAUUGAAACUGGCGUUUGUUUUUGCUUUAGUCUUUAAAAGCAAGAAUGUCACAGUUAUGUCCCUCUGCCUCAAAAGUCCCAACUUUCUUCUGUUUUAGCAAAUUGGUAAGCUGCAGGCAAUUAAGUAAAAACAACCUUGCUUACCGAUUCAUCAUCUCCAUCUUAUUGCAUAUGCCUUUAUACUCCCUUUCUAUCAGCAAUGAUGAGAAAAUGUCUUGCUUUAACCUGUCUUUCCUACCAAAUCAAAGCUUAUUUGUUAGCCUAUAUGCACAGGCUACAGCAUAGUGUACACAGUACAAUUAAAUGCUUAUUUGCAAGCUCUCCUCUCAAACAGUGUAACUGUUGUUUUUAUAUAUAAGCAAGAAAAGCACAAAAGAACACUGUUAUAGAACUUGUAAGAAAUAUAACUAUAGUAAGAAAAACACUUACUUAUCAUAGGCCUGCCCCGGGCCCACCCAGAGAGCUACCACUCCUACAUGUGGAAUAACUUCUUCAAGCACAUUGACAUCGAUCCAGCUAAUGCCAAUAUCUUGGAUGGCAAUAUCACUGACCUGGAAGCAGAGUGUGAGGCCUUUGAGAAGAAGAUCGCCCAGGCUGGGGGAAUCGACCUGUUUGUGGGAGGUUCGUUUUUAUACUUGCAUGCAUGCUUGUGGCGUAAAUGUAUUUUAAUGUGUUUUAACACCUCAAGUACAGAAGAAACAUUCAGAGACGACCCGCAGUGUGUUUUUAUUUUAGCUGCAAUUGAUUUAAUUUGGGUCCAAAGUCUCAGGGCUACCUUUAUGUUAAUGAAACUGGCCUCUGGUCAUUAAUCCAUUUGUUAAUGGUCUAUGUUCAUUAAACGAGCCAAUGACUUAAAGGAAAAUUCCACCCUAAAACGAUCUUUUGGUAUUUGUUUCAUUAGUCCAUUGUUGAUAUAGUCCCAAAAUGUUUUGCAAUCAAGUUUUCAAGAUACACUACAUGACCAAAAGUAUGUGGACACCUGCUCAUCGAACAUCUCAUUCCAAAACCAUGGGCAUUAAUAUGGAGUUGGUCCCCCCUUUGCUGCUAUAACAGCCUCCACUCUUCUGGGAAGGCUUUCCACUAGAUGUUGAAACAUUGCUGCGGGGACUUGAUUCCAUUCAGCCACGAGCAUUAGUGAGGUUGGGAACUGAUGUCGGCUGUAUUUGUAUUUUGAACGUUUUAUAGCUUGAUAACUUGAUUGCUGACAUUUUGGAACUAUGUCAACAAUGGACUAAUGAAACAAAUACCAAAAUAUAGUUUUUGUGAGUAAUUCUCUCUCAAGGUAUCGGACCAGACGGCCACAUUGCCUUCAAUGAGCCAGGCUCCAGUCUAGUCUCCAGGACCAGAGUGAAGACUUUAGCCAAGGAUACCAUCGUAGCCAAUGCCCGUUUCUUUGGAAACGACCUGUCAAAGGUCCCCACCAUGGCCUUGACUGUGGGUGUGGGGACAGUCAUGGAUGCCCGAGAGGUAAAGAGGUCUUAACAGUAUAUUUAUCCAUUUGUCUGUUCAUCUAUUUUCAUGGCACAGAUAGUUUUACACUAUGUAGACACAAGAAACUUUAAUUAAUUAACCUAAUGUAGGAGUACUCAUUUUCUUUACAUAAGCUAACUUGUGUUGCAAUUAUGAAUGUGUUCAUUACAUGACUCUUGUGUCAAUAGAUGUUUCAAUUUUAAUGAUGUUAUAUUGAUUGUGUUUGUUUGUUUUAGGUUAUGAUUCUCAUCACGGGAGCCCACAAAGCCUUUGCCCUGUACAAAGCAAUAGAGGAGGGGGUCAACCACAUGUGGACCGUCUCAGCCUUCCAGCAGCACCCACACACCAUCUUUGUGUGUGACGAGGACGCCACACUGGAGCUCAGAGUCAAAACAGUCAAGUACUUCAAAGGUAAGCAUGGAAUAGGAUAGGGUUUAGGUUUAGUAUAAAGGAAAUUGGUUACAACAAAUGAUCGUGCACUUUGAUACUGGCCAGUUGGUAAGUAUUACCUACUUAACACAUUUUCCCUUAAUUGUUAAUUUCCCUCCAGGUUUGAUGCAUGUUCACAACCGACUGGUGGACCCAGUGCUCAGCAUAAAGAACCAAUAAUGGAGAAUGAAACCAAGUCAGAGAAUUCCAGACCUCAAAAUGGUGGAUGGACCCAGAGUUGUUGGUAGGCUACAACCAGCAUGACAAUGUGCCAGAGAGAUUGUUUGUCAGCACUUCAGUUGAGGGGCUAUGGUUUAAGGCUGCCAUAACAACUACCCAAGCAUUACAGUGCAUGAAAUUUGCUCAGUUUGUUACAUUGCAUUAGGGUACUAUGAAGGCUAACUGUAAAUGCCCCUCAGCUGAUAUGUUAUAGAUGCCAUGAAUUCUCACACACAACUGUUACCAAUAUAUUAUGAGGUCAGACUCUUUGCAGUAUUAGUCUCAAACAGAUUUAUUUGCCUUUUUGACUCCUCUUCUUUCUUCCAUCUGCACAAUCUAGAGACGGGAUGGAGGAAAGCAAAAUGCUUAGACCAGGUCAGAUGAAGGAAAGGAGAUGCGUUAUCAAAUAAAUCCACUUUGGGUUGUUGAGACCUGUUUAACAGGGAAACAUACAACACUAUAGUUCCUUUACACUCCAUUCCAUGUCAUUCGUAGCUUUGAGCGCUCCAUAGAUUUGUUUACCUGACAGUCAGUUAUACUUGCCAAGUUGCCACCGCAGUGAUAUACAUUCAAUAUACUGUCUUUUGUAUUUCUAUCUGAAAUGUAAUUCUUGGCCAUAUUUUAUGCUCUCACAAGAUUGUUACGGCAAUCAUUUGAUGUCAAGGCAUCAUGUUAACUUUUCAAACAUCUCCAAUCAGUCAUUCCUUUAAUUUUUUUUUCUUUUGUGGUUUUGUAGAACAUUCUACCAGAACAAGUAUGUUUUCAAUUCAUUGUAACUAAAUUUUCCUGAAAUACUGGGCUAAGAAGAUUACUGAGUCUUUUUUAGAAAUUGAUUUUGCACAUACUGUACUGUAACUCUCAUAAAAGUGCUUUAUACCGGCUGUAUUUUGUACUUUGAAAGUUAUGUAUCUUGAAAACUUGAUUGCUGACAUGCAAAACAUUUUGGGACUAAAUCAACAAUGGACUAAUGAAACAAAUACUAUAUUUAGU